AUGUUCUCAUCUUUGGCUAGUAGACUGGUUUCUGCUGUAGGAUCUCUUUUGGGUAAGAGAAAUCCCGAAGAAGUACACGACCCAUUGGAACCAGAAAAGAAAAAGAAAGCUUCUGGUCGAUAUGAUACACAUACAGAUCACAAAGACUUUAUUACCAUGAUAUGUGAAAUGAGAUUAGCUCUUGCAAAGAGUGUAAGAAAAUUGAUACGGGAUGAACUUGAGGAUUGGCAUGAUAAGAUUACUGUACUUGGAAUCACAACAGAUUCAAGAAAUAGUUACCUUUACUCUAUGCACUGUUCUAUUGAGAAGAAUUCUUCAAACAACAAAUUUGCGAUCACAAACUAUUUUCUUAAUUACAUUGGAGCCUUUUCUCAUUUUGAUGAAAAAGAUAGAAUUCGACUAAUGUCGAAAAUUAUUGUUGCGUUGACAACUCCAAUUUUUGGAUCAGUUGAACAAUAUUUUCAAACUCAUCAAAGUGCUUUAGAUACCGCUAAACAAUCAGUUGACUUCCCAACACACUUCUGCUUCACAAAUCCACAACCAAACAAUGUAAUUGUUACUUAUAACAAAGAACGAGAGUAUGUAGCAACAGGAAAAGUGAUCAAAAGAGCCACAGUUUCAAAUUCAACCUCCAUUUAUGUGAAACGUAACAAAAGUGCAAAUGAGAAUGAGAUUGCACGUACACUAAUGUUUGCAUCCCUUUAUAUCAUAGCAGAAAAAUCCAAAUAUUGUCUUUCCUUAGCUGGAACUCCACUAUCUCAUUUUUUUAAUAGCAGAAAUAAUCUCCCUUCUAACUCUAUACUCAACUUCACUCUAGACUUGCUUGCUCAAUUGUACAUGCUAGAACAACAAAGUCACAUUCACAAUGAUGUAAAACCAGAAAAGUUGUUUACUUAG